AUGUUUGCAGGUGAUCACACUAUUUUGCCGGGCACGUCAAUCUUCAUAAACGUGUUUGCUUUACACAGAAAUGAAAAACAUUUUGAGAACCCGGAAAAGUUUGAUCCCGAUAGAUUUUUAGAGGAAAACAAAAAAGAUCGCCAUCGCUUUGCCUUCGUACCAUUUAGUGCAGGAUCGAGGAACUGUAUUGGACAAAAGUUCGCAAUGAUCGUUCUCAAAAUAGCUGUUGCCACACUUAUAAAAACAUACAGAGUUAAGUCAAUAGACCCAGAAGAAAAGUUGGGGCUUGUUGGCGAAAUCGUAUUGAACGCACUGAACGGAAUCCACGUGACACUUGAAGAACGGGCGUAAAAGAACUUACUGACUUUAAUACAUACAUUCAUAUUGUAUUAACUAUUUCC